GAACAAUCCGUUGAUGGAUGGAGUCCUAGAAGGAUCGAUCGAUCGUGCUCGACCGCAGGAAUGAUUGCCGCUAAUGGAACGCGGGUGUGGUUUCUUUCUCUAUGAGAYAGUAUAAGCCCGAGGUUUUCGCCUCCAUUCGCGAGCAGAAAUGGACAAGGCUUCCCCUGCAUGGAACCGCAGGCAGAGAACAGUCCAAAAGAAAUCUUCAUCAAUCCGUCGUUWGYAGAUCGAAGACGAAAUCGAAGAGGAUAUUGACAACGACAAGCUUUUCAGCAAAGCRACUGGUUAUUCAAGUUGCUACCSAGAUAAAUGCACCCUAGACUUACGACAUCACAAAAGAGAGMGACGGCCGCCAAACUCCGCYAGUGUGAACGACCAACCAUCCAUCAUGAAAAUAUUCCGCAAGGGUAGUGGCAAGAGCGACGACAAAGGCAACGAUCCAUUGCAACCUUCUGAGGAGAGGCUUUUCGAGGACUGCGAGUUGGAAAUACAGAAGGCYCUGAGAGCCAAAGCAGGAAGGCGAGAAGGUUCCUCGUCCGCGGACCCGAAGCGUCUCCUGUGUUUCAACAAGCCGAGCAGAGAGGAGCGUGACGAUUCGCAACCCGCUCAGCACUAUGGCGUGGACACCCUGCCAAAAUUCUUCGGCAACAACAGCAGCAGCAUCGUCGAAUAYGAAUGUCACGAGCACCCACAAUUGAUGGAGGACGACAGCAGAGACAUCCGCGACAGCGUCGACGAUGGAGACGAAUUGUGCGAUUCCUACUACGAAGGGCACGGCCGCCAGGGAGACCACCCGAUCAUUCUGACCGCCGAGAGUGCGGAAAUUCUUGCCGCGCUCUCCCGAGACGACAGCAAAACCUCUUACGCACCGGUGCGUAAAUUCAGCACCAGCAGCAGCGACAGCSGAAGAUCCGAGCGGCAGCGACAKAAACUCCACCACGCUGCGGAACAACGACGAAAAUUCGACGAGCACCAGAGGUGGCGCCAGCGGCAACAACGAUCCUUGGUGGACGAUCUUUCGACGUGYACGGACGAGCACAACCCCAUUGAAAAGGAAAUGUUUUGUCACCUGAGCGCACACAUCCACARACACCUGAGCAACAACCCUAAGGUUGCUUCAAAGAAGAAAGGCGGAUCAAAGGAUGCUCCUUCUGUUCCCGAGGCAAAGAAAAAGAAGGCAAAGAAGACCGCGGCGGUGGUGGAUGCCAAAGAAAAGGGRUUCACGGGCGACGAAAAUUCGGUUGUUUCGAGGGUAUCGUCUCUAUCUUCUGCUUCGGGCACGAUCGCUACCGAUUCGGUGUUUACUAUUUCGGUAGCUUCGUCAUGGGAAACUCAGUCCGUGAUAUUGUCUCCGCGGGUGCAAUCACCCACAAUCGACAAACAGCACUCUUCGAGGUCGAGCAGAAGUCACUCCUCCAAGAGAAAUCAGAACUACAUUCGACGCAGUGAAUCCGUCAUUUAUUCCAACCUCGACACCAUUGACGAGGGCGAGGAUUCGUACAGAGAAAUCCGUAAGCCGUUGUCGUCGUCGUCUUCCAUAUAUUCCACGUCUGCUAGCGACAACGACAGCUACUACAGAAGUGAAAACGAAGAAGAACYCCCYAUUUUUUACGCAAGCCARCAYCUCAAAAGCAGAACAGCAAGCACCAGCAAAACAUCGAUCUCCUCGGGAAGCAGGAACUCUCAUCGCAGCUUUGACCACGGGCCCGUCGACAAAUAUUUCGAGGCGCUUGGGCUUCACGACUCGAAUAGUGGUGCURUUUGAGAAAAGCGUCGCUCAGAUUACRGAAAGGGGAGGGAAAGGGUUUCGUCCAACACACAAUUAUCAUAUCUUCGACCUAACAAUAUGGUACAACUUCAUCACAAUCACGAUMACAAACAUCGCUGUCACUAUACUGGGGUCAAAACACUACCAAGAAAAAUCUGUAGAAAGUGCGGCGCAUGGCACACCCAAAACRAAWAUCACGAAGAGCAUGUUGGCAAAACAGAUUAUUGUUGCAACAUGUGAUGUACCAAGAUCAAAUGAUACUCGCAGGAAAGAGGUUGACCUGUGAGGAAACAAACAAAACAACCGAGCACUCAACGAAUCACUAACGCCAAGGCGUUACUUUUWUUUCGAUUGYGUUUGUCGGGAAACAAUAGGGAAGGGAAAACGCAAAUCAUAGCAAUCCAAGAACCUUUUCACCARSCAGUCUGUCCGGUGUUUUUCCUACGAGUAGCGUUGGAAMGGUGAUUUGAAUAGCCGCAACAUACAAAGCAAUACAUGAAAGAAAAUUGAAAGAGUUUCGUCUGGAGUAAACAUUAUUCCWUCUU